UAGCACCCGCGCCGCCGUCGCACCACCAGUGCCGUCUCGUGUCGCUCGCCCGCCCUCACACCCACCCACCUGAGAGCCUCCUCUAACGCCACGCCCAGGCUGAGCUGCACAGCCUUUGGCACUUGUUUGGGUCGCAGCCCCCUGUUGACGGAAGUGUCAAGACCCGUGCCAUCCCUGCCAAAAGUUUGACAAGUGCUUUCUAGUAACAGUUUUUAACGUGGAUUACUACACCCAUUCAUGUAAAGAUGCAGGACGUGCAAGGGGAGCAGUUAGUUCCCUCGUGCAAGUAAGGGCGAGGAGUGCAGUGUCUUCAUGUUCCAGAGUGCUGGAAUAUAAUUUCAAAGUUAAAGUUGGUGGGAUAGUUACAAAAUAUUAAUAUUAUAAGUGUGGUUGUGUAGAAAAUAAGAGCCUUUGCUAACAGUUUCUAUAAGUUAUACAUGAAGUGAAAUGCUGGUGUAUUUUGGCAUCAAGUGUAACUCAGUGCAGUAUGGGUAAUAGUGAAGGAAAGUUAACAACAGGAAGGAGGCAUGUAGAUCUACCGUACGAUACUGCGCGGCCCUUGCCACCAUUACCCAGCGACGAAGAGGAGGAGGCAGAUGAUCUAGACCUUGACUCGCCGCCCCCAUACCCGCCUCCACCGCCACCAGGGGAGGAACAUAAGCGGUACUCUUGGCGCUUCAGGGACUCCGCCGUCUUUGGCCAGAGUGAAAACAAAAGGCGCUCGUGGCUACUCAACUUCACCAACGGAGGCGACAGUAAGGCAAAAAGUAAACUGGUGAAAGACGGUAAGGAUGUCAAUGAUGUUCACAUAAACACAGGUACAGGUAGCAGGGAAUUUUCGAGUGUCCCCGGUGUGAGAGGGUCGAGUCAGGAGACCCAACUAGACAAUCAAAGUGGGGAGUCGUGGAAAGUUGAGAGCAAAGUUGAAGGAGAUACGGACGUAAGUGGUGAGACACAGUUGUUCACAUACCAAAUUAUGAAUAAGGAUUCCACUAUGGAUUCACAGGGAGACUUCGGUCACCCAACCUGGCAGAUACGAGACGGCAAGCUCAUCAGUGUGACCAAGGACAUUGUCAAAGGAGAAGACAACGACGCCCCUGGAUACAGUCUUCUCCACGAAUGCGUCAGACACGACCAGCGGACCGGCCUGCCGUCCCUGGAUAUAAGUACUAAUGCGAAUAUGAACGAAGACUUGAAAAAUGUCAUAGACGAACUACGUGGAAAACCCCACCACGUAGAAGGAAAGACUUCUGUCAAGACUGUCUCAGAUGGCAAAGGAGGUUAUGUUAAAGUCACAACUACUGAGAGGACUGUUGCCUCCCAAGUCAGUAUUAAUGGGAGGGAUAUAAAAUCAACUCCAACUGAUUCGUUGAGUAAACUUGAAGCAGAGCUGACUGCCCUGCUCUCUCCCGAGCUAGACAUGCGUGGUGAGGUAGGUGUGCCCAGAAUAAAUGGAACAAACCUGGAUGCUCAAAGUUCUCUGUCCACAGAAAACAGGAUGAUAUCAGGAGUACAUAGUAAUGGCGACAUGGGGGGUAGUAGUCAGACAUACAGUUCACGUACACGGCAAACAUACAACAUAUCAGUUACACCAAAUCUUCCUCUACCCGAUAUACAGGAAUUCUCUGGCAAAGGUGUUCCAUUACUGCCAGACCUUGUGAAAGGUAAUCGUGGGUCAGCGUUGGAAUACAAGAGUUCAGUGGGGAGCCCUGAUAAGUCAUUUGAUAGUGGGGUAAACGUAGACACAUCGGGUUACGGGGCUGAUGGGCGGGGUCCUGAUCUGUCUUUUGGGUUUGACGGUACAGCGCCACACAAGACAUUAGCAAGUCGUGAGCCUCAUUCCUCGAAACUGGAAGGUAAUUUAGAUUUCAGAGCUGAUGUGCCACAUAUCCAAGGAGAUGUGAAAGGGAAUGCUCCAAGUUCCAGUUUCCGAAUCGGUGCCCCGGGAGUUGAUGCAAGUGUACCAGUUGGUGGAAGUCAACCAAACUGGGAUAUUCAUGCAACAGGAAAAGUGCCUUCUGCAGCAGUUUCUCUGUCACCCUUUGAAGGCGAUAAUUCUGCUGAUCCAAGUAUUAAUAUUUCAGUUCCCAAAGGCAAAGCCAAAAUAGAUGUUGACUCUCCUAAAGUCAAAGGAGAAAAGCCCAAAACAAAACUAGGUUCUUGUUUUGGCAAGCCUAAGAGUCCUAAAAUUGACAAUGAACAUGAACAAGGUCAAAUAGACGUUGAAGGUCCCGAGGUGAGUGUGAGUGCUUGUGCCAGACCUCCCUCAGCUAACACUGAUGUUGAUUCACCCAAUGUUAAAGUAAAAGGCGGUAAACCAAAGGGCAAACUCGGAUCGUGCUUUGGCAAACCUGAGGGUCCGAAAGUUGAAGGUGAAUAUAAACCAAGCAAGGUAGAUCUUGAGAGUCCAAAGGCCAGUAUUAGUGUUGAUGCUGGACCUCAUGAAGCCCACGCUGAUAUUGACAUUGAUGCACCCGAAGUAAGUAUGAAAGUUGGCACACCAGACGCUGACAUAGACGUCGAGUCACCAAAAGUAAAAGUCAAAGCUGAUAAACCAAAGGCCAAAUUGGGAUCCUGCUUCGGUAAACCCAAAACACCUGAUGUUGAAGGUGAAAGUAAACGAGGUAAAGUAGAUUUAGAAGAUCCAGAAGUCAGUAUUAAACCUCCUAAGCUCAAAGCAGACAUUGACAUUGACUCUUCAGAAGUGAGGGUGAAAGCUGGAAAACCAGAGGUUGAUUUGGACGUGGAGUCGCCAAAAGUAAAAGUCAAAGCUGAUAAACCAAAGGCUAAAUUGGGAUCCUGCUUCGGUAAACCAAGUAGUCCUAAGGUACAGGGAGAAUAUACACCAGGUAAAAUUGAACUUGAGGGAUCUGAAAUCAGUGCUGGAACAAGUAUCAAAGGUCCAGAAGCAGAAGCCAACGUUGAUAUUGAAUCACCAGAUGUAAAAAUAAAAGGCGGAAAAGGAAUUAAAAAACCCAAAGCGAAAGUUGGAUCAUGCUUUGGCAAACCCAAAGGAUCUCAACUUGAAGCUGCUUACCAACCUGGAGAGAUAAAGGUUGAGGGACCUGAAGUACCGAAAGUACGAGCUGAAGUUCCUUCAAUAGAAGGCAAAUUGGAUGUAAAACCACCAAGUGCUGACAUCAGUCCCUCACUUGAAGUAGAAAUUCCUCAAGUUCCUGAAGUGAAAAGAGGAGUUGGAAUUGUUGUUGACGCACCCAAAAUUGAGCCAAAAUUGAAAAUAAAAGGUGAUAUUCCAGAUUUACCUAAAGUUGAGGCCAACUUAGGAGGUAGAGCUGAUGUUCCCACAAUACCCGCAAUGGAAGGGGGAGUUGCCGUUAAUGUUAACAUACCAAAAAGUGAACCAAGACUAAGAAUUAAUGCUGAUAUUCCAGAUAUUCCCAAAGUUGAGUCCAAGUUGGGAGCAAAGGCUGAUGUUCCAGGCAUGGAUAUAAAGUAUGACAGUCCUGCAGCUCCUGGGAUUAAAGGAAAUGUCGAUCUCAAUGUCACAUCACCUGAAUUUAAACCUGAUGUUAAACUAGAGGGUGAAAUUCCAGGAUUACCAAAGGGCGAGGCAGGUUUUGACUUUGGAGGAACCAUCCCAAGCUUUUCAGACAAAAAGGGAUUAGAUAUUUCAGUGCCAGAUAUCCCAAGUCCAAAGAUUGAAGCAGGAAUCGAAGCUGAUUUACCAUCUGUUGAUCUUCCUCAAGCUAACAUUUCAUUACCAUCAGUCCCCGCUGUCCCAGCGGCUGAGAUUAAGGGAGAAGUAAAGACUCCAGAAUUAUCUGGGUCAGUGAAGAUGCCACAACCUGAAGUGAAGGCCAAGAAAGCCAAACUAGGUCCAUGUGCUUGUCUAGGUAAACCAGGAAAAAUUAAAAAGGAAGAGCCAUACAUGUCUGCUAAACUUGAAGGAAAAGCUCCAGGAGAGAUAAAAGAUGUAGAUGUGGGACUGGAGGUAGAAGGACCAGAAGCACAAGCAUCCAUCGGUGUGGAAGCCCCCGAGAUCAAGAGUAAGAAGGUAAAAGUAUCAGGAAAGCCUAAAUCAUCUUUAGGAUCUUGUUUCGGUAAACCUAAGACUCCUUCAGUAAGUGGAGAAUAUGCAGCUGAUGCUGAUGUGGGAGCAUCAGUGUCUGUAGAUCCUCAUAUUAAGGUAGAGGGCGAAGGUCUUGCUGGUCCCAGUGUUAGUGUUGAUGCUCCCGAGGGCAAGGCUAAGAUGGAUGUUGGAUCUCCGGAAGUGAAAGUAAAAGGAGGAAAACCCAAAGCUAAAUUGGGAUCAUGUUUCGGUAAGCCUAAGAGUCCAGAAAUUGAAGGUGAAUAUAAGCCAGGUCAAAUUGAAGGCCCAGAGGCAAGUGUUGGGGCCAGUGUUAAAUCCCCAGAAGCCAAGGGUGACAUUAGUAUUGAGUCUCCAGACGCUAAAGUAAAGACAGGAAAGCCCAAGGCUAAUUUAGGUUCAUGUUUCGGCAAACCCAAGAGUCCUAAAGUGGAAGGUGAAUAUAAGCCAGGUAAAGUCGACAUUGAAGGACCACACUUAGAAGGGAGUGCCAGUAUUGAACCUCUUGAAGCCAGAGCGGAUAUUGACAUAGAUGCACCGGAUGUAAAGGUAAAGGGAAGUAGACCAAAGGCUGAUAUAGACAUAGAUUCCCCAGAGGUGAAGGUGAAAGCCCAAAAGCCAAAGUCUAAGUUGGGAUCUUGUUUUGGUAAACCAAAGAGCCCCCAAAUUGAAGGUGAAUAUAAGCCAGGCAGAGGAGACCUGGAAGGUCCAGAAGUCAUUGUUGCUUCUCCUGAGGCUAAGGCAGAUGUCAACAUUGAAAGUCCAGAUGUAAAAGUGAAAGGAGGUAAACCAAAAGCUAAGUUUGGGUCUUGUUUCGGCAAGCCAAAGACUCCAAAGGUUGAAGGAGAAUAUAAAGCAGGUGAAGUUGAACUUGAGGGCCCCGAGGUCGGUACCGGAGCAGGCUUGAAAACACCCGAAGUUAAAGCAGACAUUGAUAUUGAAUCACCAGAUGUGAAAGUGAAAGGUGGGAAGGGAAGUGGGAAGCCUAAAAUGAAGGUUGGAUCAUGCUUUGGCAAACCCAAAGGACCUAAACUUGAAGCUGCUUACCAACCUGGAGAGAUAAAGGUUGAGGGACCUGAAGUACCAAAAAUACGAGCUGCAGUUCCUUCAGUAGAAGGCAAAUUGGAUGUAAGAUCACCAAGUGCUGACAUCAGUCCCUCACUUGAAGUAGACAUUCCUGAAGUAAAAGGAGGGGUUGGAUUUGAUGUUGAUGUACCCAAAAUAGAGCCCAAAUUGAAAAUAGAAGGAGAUAUUCCAGAUUUACCAAAAGUAGAAGCCAAGCUGGGAGGCAAAGCAAAUGUUCCUGAUUUAGAAGUUGAAGGUAACAUACCCAAUCUUCCCGAAAUAAAGGCAGAUGUUGAUAUCAAUGCCGCCAUACCUGAUCUUAAACCUAAGAUAAAACUGGAAGGAAAUAUUCCAGACCUUCCAGAGGCAGAUGCUAGCUGGGAUAUUGGUGCAAACAUCCCUGGUAUUUCAGGGGAUGUAAAAGAACUGGAUAUAUCAUUGCCUGACAUACCAAGUCCAAAGAUUGAUGUAGAAAUGAAAGGUGAUUUACCAACUGUUGAUCUUCCUGAAGCUAAGAUUUCACUUCCAUCAGUCCCCGCUGUCCCAGCGGCUGAGAUUAAGGGAGAAGUAAAGACUCCAGAAUUAUCUGGGUCAGUGAAGAUGCCACAACCUGAAGUGAAGGCCAAGAAAGCCAAACUAGGUCCAUGUGCUUGUCUAGGUAAACCAGGAAAAAUUAAAAAGGAAGAACCAUACAUGUCUGCUAAACUUGAAGGAAAAGCUCCAGGAGAGAUAAAAGAUGUAGAUGUGGGACUGGAGGUAGAAGGACCAGAAGCACAAGCAUCCAUCGGUGUGGAAGCCCCCGAGAUCAAGAGUAAGAAGGUAAAAGUAUCAGGAAAGCCUAAAUCAUCUUUAGGUUCUUGUUUCGGUAAACCUAAGACUCCUUCAGUAAAUGCAGAAUACGAAGCAGAUGCUGGUGUGGAAGCAUCAGUGUCUGUAGAUCCUCAUAUAAAGGUAGAGGGCGAAGGAGUUACUGGUCCCAGUGUUAGUGUUCCCGAGGGCAAGGCUAAUAUUGAUAUUGAAUCUCCAGAAGUCAAAGUAAAAGGAGGAAAACCCAAAGCUAAAUUGGGAUCAUGUUUCGGGAAACCGAAGGCUCCGGAAAUUGAAGGUGAAUAUAAGCCAGGUAAAAUUGAAGGCCCAGAGGCAAGUGUCGGAGCUAGUAUUAAAUCCCCAGAAGCCAAGGGUGACAUUUCAGUUGAGUCUCCAGAUGCUAAAAUCAAAACAGGAAAGCCCAAAGCUAAAUUGGGUUCAUGUUUCGGCAAACCCAAGAGUCCUAAAGUGGAAGGAGAAUAUAAACCAGCUAAAGUUGACAUUGAAGGACCAAGCAUUGAAGGGAGUGCCAGUGUUGAACCUCUUCAAGCCAGAGCGGAUAUUGACAUAGAUACUCCUGAUGUAAAGGUAAAGGGAAGUAGACCCGAGGCUAAUAUAGACAUAGAUUCCCCAGAGGUGAAGGUGAAAGCCCAAAAGCCAAAGUCUAAGUUGGGAUCUUGUUUUGGUAAACCAAAGAGCCCCCAAAUUGAAGGAGAAUAUAAGCCAGGUAAAGCAGAACUGGAAGGUCCAGAAGUGGUUGUUGCUUCUCCUGAGGUUAAGGCAGAUGUCGGCAUUGAAGGUCCAGAUGUGAAAGUGAAAGGUGGUAAACCAAAAGCUAAGUUAGGGUCUUGUUUCGGCAAGCCAAAGACUCCAAAGGUUGAAGGAGAAUAUAACGCAGGUGAAGUUGAACUUGAGGGUCCCGAGGUCAGUGCUAAAGCAAGUUUGAAAACACCCGAAGCUAAAGCAGAUAUUGAUAUUGAAUCACCAGACGUGAAAGUGAAAGGUGGAAAGGGAAGUGGGAAGCCUAAAAUGAAGUUUGGAUCAUGCUUUGGCAAACCCAAAGGACCUAAACUUGAAGCUGCUUACCAACCUGGAGAGAUAAAGGUUGAGGGACCUGAAGUACCAAAAAUACGAGUUGCAGUUCCUUCAGUAGAAGGCAAAUUGGAUGUAAGACCACCAAGUGCUGACAUCAGUCCCUCACUUGAAGUAGACAUUCCUGAAGUAAAAGGAGGGGUUGGAUUUGAUGUUGAUGUACCCAAAAUAGAGCCCAAAUUGAAAAUAGAAGGAGAUAUUCCAGAUUUACCAAAAGUUGAAGCCAAGCUGGGAGGCAAAGCAAAUGUUCCCGAAAUAAAGGCAGAUGUUGAUAUCAAUGCCGCCAUACCUGAUCUUAAACCUGAGAUAAAACUGGAAGGAAAUAUUCCAGACCUUCCAGAGGCAGAUGCUAGCUGGGAUAUUGGUGUAAACAUCCCUGGUAUUUCAGGGGAUGUAAAAGAACUGGAUAUAUCAUUGCCUGACAUACCAAGUCCAAAGAUUGAUGUAGAAAUGAAAGGUGAUUUACCAACUGUUGAUCUUCCUGAAGCUAAGAUUUCACUUCCAUCAGUCCCCGCUGUACCAGCGGCUGAGAUUAAGGGAGAAGUAAAGACUCCAGAAUUAUCUGGGUCAGUGAAGAUGCCACAACCUGAAGUGAAGGCCAAGAAAGCCAAACUAGGUCCAUGUGCUUGUCUAGGUAAACCAGGAAAAGUGAAAAAGGAAGAACCAUACAUGUCUGCUAAACUUGAAGGAAAAGCUCCAGGAGAGAUAAAAGGUGUAGAUGUGGGACUGGAGGUAGAAGGACCAGAAGCACAAGCAUCCAUCGGUGUGGAAGCCCCCGAGAUCAAGAGUAAGAAGGUAAAAGUAUCAGGAAAGCCUAAAUCAUCUUUAGGUUCUUGUUUCGGUAAACCUAAGACUCCUUCAGUAAAUGCAGAAUACGAAGCAGAUGCUGGUGUGGAAGCAUCAGUGUCUGUAGAUCCUCAUAUAAAGGUAGAGGGCGAAGGAGUUACUGGUCCCAGUGUUAGUGUUCCCGAGGGCAAGGCUAAUAUUGAUAUUGAAUCUCCAAAAGUCAAAGUAAAAGGAGGUAAACCCAAAGCUAAAUUGGGAUCAUGUUUCGGGAAACCGAAGGCUCCGGAAAUUGAAGGGGAAUAUAAGCCAGGUAAAAUUGAAGGCCCAGAGGCAAGUGUCGGAGCUAGUAUUAAAUCCCCAGAAGCCAAGGGUGACAUUUCAGUUGAGUCUCCAGAUGCUAAAAUCAAGACAGGAAAGCCCAAAGCUAAAUUGGGUUCAUGUUUCGGCAAACCCAAGAGUCCUAAAUUGGAAGGUGAAUAUAAACCAGCUAAAGUUGACAUUGAAGGACCAAGCAUUGAAGAGAGUGCCAGUGUUGAACCUCUUGAAGCCAGAGCGGAUAUUGACGUAGAUGCACCUGAUGUAAAGGUAAAGGGAAGUAGACCCGAGGCUGAUAUAGUCAUAGAUUCCCCAGAGGUGAAGGUGAAAGCCCAAAAGCCAAAAUCUAAGUUGGGAUCUUGUUUUGGUAAACCAAAGAGCCCCCAAAUUGAAGGAGAAUAUAAGCCAGGCAAAGGAGACCUGGAAGGUCCAGAAGUCAUUGUUGCUUCUCCUGAGGCUAAGGCAGAUGUCGGCAUUGAAGGUCCAGAUGUGAAAGUGAAAGGAGGUAAACCAAAAGCUAAGUUUGGGUCUUGUUUCGGCAAGCCAAAAACUCCAAAGGUUGAAGGAGAAUAUAAAGGAGGUAAAGUUGAACUUGAGGGCCCCGAGGUCAGUGCCAGAGCAAGCUUGAAAACACCCGAAGCUAAAGCAGAUAUUGAUAUUGAAUCACCAGACGUGAAAGUGAAAGGUGGAAAGGGAAGUGGGAAGCCUAAAAUGAAGUUUGGAUCAUGCUUUGGCAAACCCAAAGGACCUAAACUUGAAGCUGCUUACCAACCUGGAGAGAUAAAUGUUGAUGGACCUGAAGUUCCAAAAAUACAAGCUGAAAUUCCUUCAGUAGAAGGCAAAGUAGAUGUAAAAACACCAAGUGCUGACAUCAGUCCCUCACUUGAAGUAGACAUUCCUGAAGUGAAAGGAGGAGUUGGAAUUGAUGUUGAUGUACCCAAAAUUGAACCAAGGUUGAAAAUAGAAGGAGAUAUUCCUGAUUUACCAAAAGUUGAAGCCGAAUUGGGAGGCAAAGCAAAUAUUCCUGGUCUAGAUUUUGAAGGUAACAUACCCAAAGUUCCCGAAAUGAAGGCAGAUUUUGAUAUUGAUGCUUCCAUACCUGAUCUUAAACCAGAGAUAAAACUCGAAGGAAACAUUCCAGACAUUCCAAAGGCAGACGCAAACUUGGAUAUAUCAGGGGAUGUAAAAGAACUGGAUAUAUCAUUACCUGAUAUCCCAAGUCCAAAGAUUGAUGUGGAAAUGAAAGGUGAUUUACCAACUGUUGAUCUUCCUGAAGCUAAGAUUUCACUUCCAUCAGUCCCCGCUGUCCCAGCGGCUGAGAUUAAGGGAGAAGUAAAGACUCCAGAAUUAUCUGGGUCAGUGAAGAUGCCACAACCUCAAAUGAAGGCCAAGAAAGCCAAACUUGGUCCAUGUGCUUGUCUAGGUAAACCAGGAAAAAUGAAAAAGGAAGAGCCAUACAUGUCUGCUAAACUUGAAGGAAAAGCUCCAGGAGAGAUAAAAGAUGUAGAUGUGGGACUGGAGGUAGAAGGACCAGAAGCACAAGCAUCCAUCGGUGUGGAAGCCCCCGAGAUCAAGAGUAAGAAGGUAAAAGUAUCAGGAAAGCCUAAAUCAUCUUUAGGUUCAUGUUUCGGCAAACCUAAGACUCCUUCAGUAAGUGGAGAAUAUGCAGCUGAUGCUGAUGUUGGAGCAUCAGUGUCUGUAGAUCCUCAUAUUAAGGUAGAGAGCGAAGGUCUUGCUGGUCCCAGUGUUAGUGUUGAUGUUCCCCAGGGCAAGGCUAAUAUUGAUAUUGAAUCUUCUGAUGUUAAGGUAAAAGGAAGAAAACCCAAGGCCAAACUGGGAUCGUGUUUCGGUAAGCCUAAGAGUCCAGAAAUUGAAGGUGAAUAUAAGCCAGGUCAAAUUGAAGGCCCAGAGGCUAGUGUCGGAGCUAGUAUUAAAUCCCCAGAAGCCAAGGGUGACAUUACUGUUGAGUCUCCAGACGCUAAAAUCAAGACAGGAAAGCCCAAAGCUAAAUUGGGUUCAUGUUUCGGCAAACCUAAGAGUCCUAAAGUGGAAGGUGAAUAUAAACCAGCUAAAGUUGACAUUGAAGGACCAAGCAUUGAAGGGAGUGCCAGUGUUGAACCUCUUGAAGCCAGAGCUGAUAUUGACAUUGAUACACCUGAUGUAAAGGUAAAGGGAAUUAAACCAGGGGCUGACAUAGACAUAGAUUCCCCAGAGGUUAACGUGAAAGCCCAAAAGCCAAAGUCUAAGUUAGGGUCUUGUUUCGGUAAACCAAAGAGCCCCAAGGUUGAAGGAGAAUAUAAACCAGGUAAAGCUGAAAUUGAAGUCCCCGAGGUCAGUGCCGGAGCAAGUUUGAAAACACCUGAAGCUAAAGCAGACAUUGAUAUUGAAUCACCAGAUGUGAAAGUGAAAGGUGGAAAGGGAAGUGGGAAGCCUAAAAUGAAGUUUGGAUCAUGCUUUGGCAAACCCAAAGGACCUAAACUUGAAGCUGCUUACCAACCUGGAGAGUUAAAGGUUGAGGGACCUGAAGUACCAAAAAUGCGAGCUGAAGUUCCUUCAAUAGAAGGAAAAGUGGAUGUAAAACCACCAAGUGCUGAAAUCAGUCCCUCACUUGAAGUAGACAUUCCUGAAAUGAAAGGAGCAGUUGGAAUUGAUUUUGACAUACCCAAAAUAGAGCCUAAAUUGAAAAUGGAAGGAGAUAUUCCUGAUUUACCAAAAGUUGAAGCCGAGCUGGGAGGCAAAGCAAACAUUCCUGGUCUAGAAAUUGAAGGUAACAUACCCAAAGUUCCCGAAUUGAAGGCAGAUGUUGAUAUCGAUGCUUCCAUACCUGAUCUUAAACCUCAUGUUGAAUUCGAAGGAAGCAUUCCAGACCUUCCAAAGGCAGAAGCAAACUUGGAUAUAAGUGGAAACAUCCCUCGUAUAUCAGGAGAUUUAAAAGAACUGGAUAUAUCAGUGCCAGAUAUCCCAAGUCCAAAGAUUGAAGCAGAGAUAAAAGGUGACUUACCAUCUGUUGAUCUUCCUCAAGCUAAGAUUUCACUUCCAUCAGUCCCCGCUGUCCCAGCGGCUGAGAUUAAGGGAGAAGUAAAGACUCCAGAAUUAUCUGCGUCAGUGAAGAUGCCACAACCUGAAGUAAAGGCCAAGAAAGCCAAACUAGGUCCAUGUGCUUGUCUAGGUAAACCAGGAAAAAUAAAAAAGGAAGAACCAUACAUGUCUGCUAAACUUGAAGGAAAAGCUCCAGGAGAGAUAAAAGAUGUAGAUGUGGGACUGGAGGUAGAAGGACCAGAAGCACAAGCGUCCAUCGGUGUGGAAGCCCCCGAGAUCAAAAGUAAGAAGGUAAAAGUAUCAGGAAAGCCUAAAUCAUCUUUAGGAUCUUGUUUCGGUAAACCUAAGACUCCUUCUGUAAAUGGAGAAUAUGCAGCUGAUGCUGAUGUGGGAGCAUCAGUGUCUGUAGAUCCUCAUAUAAAGGUAGAGGGCGAAGGUCUUGCUGGUCCCAAUGUUAGUGUUGAUGUUCCCGAGGGCAAGGCUAAGAUGGAUAUUGAAUCUCCAGAAGUGAAAGUAAAAGGUAGAAAACCCAGAGCUAAAUUGGGAUCAUGUUUCGGUAAGCCUAAGAGUCCAGAAAUUGAAGGUGAAUAUAAGCCAGGUCAAAUUGAAGGCCCAGAGGCAAGUGUUGGGGCCAGUGUUAAAUCCCCAGAAGCCAAGGGUGACAUUUCAGUUGAGUCUCCAGAUGCUAAAAUCAAGACAGGAAAGCCCAAAGCUAAAUUGGGUUCAUGUUUCGGCAAACCUAAGAGUCCUAAAGUGGAAGGUGAAUAUAGACCAGCUAAAGUUGACUUUGAAGGACCAAACAUUGAAGGGAGUGCCAGUGUUGAACCUCUUGAAGCCAGAGCUGAUAUUGACACUGAUACACCUGAUGUAAUGGUAAAGGGAACUAAACCCGAUGUUGAUAUUGACAUUGAUUCCCCAGAGCUUAAGGUGAAAACCCAAAAGCCAAAGUCUAAGUUGGGAUCUUGUUUCGGUAAACCAAAGAGCCCCAAAAUUGAAGGCGAAUAUAAACCAGGCAAAGUGGAAUUAGAAGGUCCAGAAAUCAGUGCUGCCUCUCCUGAAGCUACAGCUGAUGUGAGUGUGGAAAGUCCAGAUGUGAAAGUAAAAGGAAAUAAACCAAAAGGUAAAUUAGGGUCUUGUUUCGGUAAACCAAAGAGCCCCAAGGUUGAAGGAGAAUAUAAACCAGGUAAAGUUGAAAUUGAAGGCCCCGAGGUCAGUGCCGGAGCAAGUUUGAAAACGCCUGAAGCUAAAGCAGACAUUGAUAUUGAAUCACCAGAUGUAAAAGUGAAAGGUGGAAAGGGAAGUGGGAAGCCUAAUAUGAAGUUUGGAUCAUGCUUUGGCAAACCCAAAGGACCUAAACUUGAAGCUGCUUACCAACCUGGAGAGAUAAAGGUUGAGGGACCUGAAGUACCAAAAAUGCGAGCUGAAGUUCCUUCAAUAGAAGGAAAAGUGGAUGUAAAUGCACCAAGUGCUAACAUCAGUCCCUCACUUGAAUUAGACAUUCCUGAAGUGAAAGGAGGAUUUGGAAUUGAUGUUGAUGUACCCAAAAUUGAACCAAAGUUGAAAAUAGAAGGAGAUAUUCCUGAUUUACCAAAAGUUGAAGCCGAAUUGGGAGGCAAAGCAAACAUUCCUGGUCUAGAAAUUGAAGGUAACAUACCCAAAGUUCCCGAAUUGAAGGCAGAUGUUGAUAUCGAUGCUUCCAUACCUGAUCUUAAACCUCAUGUUGAAUUCGAAGGAAGCAUUCCAGACCUUCCAAAGGCAGAAGCAAACUUGGAUAUAUGUGGAAACAUCCCUCGUAUAUCAGGAGAUUUAAAAGAACUGGAUAUAUCAGUGCCAGAUAUCCCAAGUCCAAAGAUUGAAGCCGAAAUAAAAGGUGACUUACCAUCUGUUGAUCUUCCUCAAGCUAAGAUUUCAUUACCAUCAGUCCCCGCUGUCCCAGCGGCUGAGAUUAAGGGAGAAGUAAAGACUCCAGAAUUAUCUGGGUCAGUGAAGAUGCCACAACCUGAAAUGAAGGCCAAGAAAGCCAAACUAGGUCCAUGUGCUUGUCUAGGUAAACCAGGAAAAAUGAAAAAGGAAGAGCCAUACAUGUCUGCUAAACUUGAAGGAAAAGCUCCAGGAGAGAUAAAAGAUGUAGAUGUGGGACUGGAGGUAGAAGGACCAGAAGCACAAGCAUCCAUCGGUGUGGAAGCCCCCGAGAUCAAGAGUAAGAAGGUAAAAGUAUCAGGAAAGCCUAAAUCAUCUUUAGGUUCAUGUUUCGGUAAACCUAAGACUCCUUCUGUAAGUGGAGAAUAUGCAGCUGAUGCUGAUGUGGGAGCAUCAGUGUCUGUAGAUCCUCAUAUUAAGGUAGAGGGCGAAGGUCUUGCUGGUCCCAGUGUUAGUGUUGAUGUUCCCGAGGGCAAGGCUAAGAUGGAUAUUGAAUCUCCAGAAGUCAAAGUAAAAGGAGGAAAACCCAAAGCUAAAUUGGGAUCAUGUUUCGGUAAGCCUAAGAGUCCAGAAAUUGAAGGUGAAUAUAAGCCAGGUCAAAUUGAAGGCCCAGAGGCAAGUGUUGGGGCCAGUGUUAAAUCCCCAGAAGCCAAGGGUGACAUUACUGUUGAGUCUCCAGACGCUAAAGUAAAGACAGGAAAGCCCAAGGCUAAUUUAGGUUCAUGUUUCGGCAAACCUAAGAGUCCUAAAGUGGAAGGUGAAUAUAAACCAGCUAAAGUUGACAUUGAAGGACCAAACAUUGAAGGGAGUGCCAGUGUUGAACCUCUUGAUGCCAGAGCUGAUAUUGACAUUGAUACACCUGAUGUAAAGGUAAAGGGAACUAAACCAGGGGCUGACAUAGACAUAGAUUCCCCAGAGGUUAACGUGAAAGCCCAAAAGCCAAAGUCUAAGUUGGGAUCUUGUUUCGGUAAACCAAAGAGCCCCAAAAUUGAAGGUGAAUAUAAGCCAGGCAAAGUGGAAUUAGAAGGUCCAGAAAUCAGUGCUGCCUCUCCUGAAGCUACAGCUGAUGUGAGCGUGGAAAGUCCAGAUGUGAAAGUAAAAGGAAAUAAACCAAAAGGUAAAUUAGGGUCUUGUUUCGGUAAACCAAAGAGCCCCAAGGUUGAAGGAGAAUAUAAACCAGGUAAAGUUGAAAUUGAAGGCCCCGAGGUCAGUGCCGGAGCAAGUUUGAAAACUCCUGAAGCUAAAGCAGACAUUGAUAUUGAAUCACCAGAUGUGAAAGUGAAAGGUGGAAAGGGAAGUGGGAAACCUAAUAUGAAGUUUGGAUCAUGCUUUGGCAAACCCAAAGGACCCAAACUUGAAGGUGCUUACCAACCUGGAGAGAUAAAGGUUGAGGGACCUGAAGUACCAAAAAUGCGAGCUGAAGUUCCUUCAAUAGAAGGAAAAGUGGAUGUAAAUGCACCGAGUGCUGACAUCAGUCCCUCACUUGAAGUAGACAUUCCUGAAGUGAAAGGAGGAUUUGGAAUUGAUGUUGAUGUACCCAAAAUUGAACCAAAGUUGAAAAUAGAAGGAGAUAUUCCUGAUUUACCAAAAGUUGAAGCCGAAUUGGGAGGCAAAGCAAACAUUCCUGGUCUAGAAAUUGAAGGUAACAUACCCAAAGUUCCCGAAUUGAAGGCAGAUGUUGAUAUCGAUGCUUCCAUACCUGAUCUUAAACCUCAUGUUGAAUUCGAAGGAAGCAUUCCAGACCUUCCAAAGGCAGAAGCAAACUUGGAUAUAAGUGGAAACAUCCCUCGCAUAUCAGGAGAUUUAAAAGGACUGGAUAUAUCAGUGCCAGAUAUCCCAAGUCCAAAGAUUGAAGCAGAGAUAAAAGGUGACUUACCAUCUGUUGAUCUUCCUCAAGCUAAGAUUUCAUUACCAUCAGUCCCCGCUGUCCCAGCGGCUGAGAUUAAGGGAGAAGUAAAGACUCCAGAAUUAUCUGGGUCAGUGAAGAUGCCACAACCUGAAGUGAAGGCCAAGAAAGCCAAACUAGGUCCAUGCGCUUGUCUAGGUAAACCAGGAAAAAUAAAAAAGGAAGAACCAUACAUGUCUGCUAAACUUGAAGGACAAGCUCCAGGAGAGAUAAAAGAUGUAGAUGUGGGACUGGAGGUAGAAGGACCAGAAGCACAAGCGUCCAUCGGUGUGGAAGCCCCCGAGGUCAAGAGUAAGAAGGUAAAUGUAUCAGGAAAGCCUAAAUCAUCUUUAGGAUCUUGUUUCGGUAAACCUAAGACUCCUUCUGUAAAUGGAGAAUAUGCAGCUGAUGCUGAUGUGGGAGCAUCAGUGUCUGUAGAUCCUCAUAUUAAAGUAGAGGGCGAAGGUCUUGCUGGUGCCAGUGUUAGUGUUGAUGUUCCCGAGGGCAAGGCUAAGAUGGAUAUUGAAUCUCCGGAAGCAAAAGUUAAAGGAAAGUCCAAAGCUAAAUUGGGAUCAUGUUUCGGUAAGCCUAAGAGUCCGAAAGGCAAAGGGGAAUAUUCUCCAAGUAAGGCUCAACUUGAGGGAGCUUCAGCAGGUGGAAUUGCAAGGAUUAGACCUCUUGAAGUUAAAGCUGACAUUGAUAUUGAUGCCCCUGACUCGAAUGUGAAGGCAGAUAAACCAAAGGGUAAGUUGGGAUCUUGUUUCGGAAAGCCAAAGGGUGCAGAAAUCAGCGGAGAAUAUAAACCAGGAAAAGUUGAAAUUGAAGGUCCUGCGAUCAGCACUGAAGCUAGUCUGAAAUCACCUGAAACAAAGGCUGAUAUUGGUAUUGAAUCACCAGAGGUAAAAGUAAAAGGAGGUAAAGCUACUGGAAAACCUACAACUAAGUUUGGGUCAUGUUUUGGUAAACCAAAGGGACCUGAAAUUGAAGCUGCUUAUCAGCCUGGACAAGUAGAACUAGCAGGUCCAGAAAUUCCAAAAGUACAAGUUGAAGUACCGGCCAUAGAAGGAAAGGUUGAAGUAGAAACACCAAGACCCAUUUCUGGUCCAGCAAUAGAAUUGGACAUGCCUACCAUUCCUGGAGUGUCUGGAGGAGUGGAAAUCAGGGCAGAUGUACCUAGAGUUGAUCCAGCAUUAAAAAUUGAAGGAAGUAUUCCAGAUUUACCAAAGGUUGAAGCCAGACUUGGAGGAAAAUCUGAUAUUCCAGAUUUGGAAAUUGGAGGCAAAAUAUCCACAUCUCCUAAAUUAGAUGCUGAUGUUGAUCUUAAAGCUUCUGUACCGAAAUUAGAACCAGAGGUUAAACUUCAUGGUGAUAUCCCACGACUUCCAAAAGGUGAUGCCAACUUGGAAGUAGAAGGCAGCGUCCCCACCUUCUCAGCAGACAUUAAAGGAUUAGACAUAAAAACACCAGAAGUUGAUGUCCCUUCCCUUCAUGCAGAGGUGAAAGGUGACUUACCCCACGUCGAAGGUCCAAAAGCCGAGAUCUCAAUUCCAUCUGAUCUCAACAUACCAUCAGGUGAAUUUAAGGGAGACAUAAAGACUCCAGAAUUAUCUGCCUCAGUAGAAGUGCCAAAGACAGUAAAAGCAUCUGGCAAACCCAAAAUAUCACUAGGAUCCUGUUUCGGUAAACCAAAGGAUCCUGUAAGUAAAGGAUACUCAGCCGAGGCUGAUAUCGGAGGAUCAGUGUCGCUAGAUCCACAUGCCAAGGUUGAGGGCGGUGUUACAGGUCCAAGUGUUACUGUGGCUGCACCUGAAGGUAAAGCUAAGGUGGAUAUUGACUCUCCUGAAGUGAACGUUAAAGGUGAAAAGCCUAAAGCUAAACUUGGCUCUUGUUUCGGUAAACCUAAAACCCCUAAAGUUGAAGGUGAAUAUAAACCUGGCAAAGCCUCAGUUGAAGGACCAGAGGUUAGUGGGAGUGCCAGAAUUAGAUCCCCUGAUGGUAAGGCUGAGAUCGACGUUGAUUCUCCUGACCUGAAGUUGAAGACAGGGAAGCCAAAGGCUAAGUUGGGAUCAUGUUUCGGAAAGCCAAAGGGUGCUGAAAUAAGCGGAGAAUAUAAACCAGGAAAAGUUGAAAUUGAAGGUCCUGAGAUCAGCACUGAAGCUAGUCUGAAAUCACCUGAAACAAAGGCUGAUAUUGGUAUUGAAUCACCAGAGGUAAAAGUAAAAGGAGGUAAAGCUACUGGAAAACCUACAACUAAGUUUGGGUCAUGUUUUGGUAAACCAAAGGGACCUGAAAUUGAAGCUGCUUAUCAGCCUGGACAAGUAGAACUAGCAGGUCCAGAAAUUCCAAAAGUACAAGUUGAAGUACCGGCCAUAGAAGGAAAGGUUGAAGUAGAAACACCAAGACCCAUUUCUGGUCCAGCAAUAGAAUUGGACAUGCCUACCAUUCCUGGAGUGUCUGGAGGAGUGGAAAUCAGGGCAGAUGUACCUAGAGUUGAUCCAGCAUUAAAAAUUGAAGGAAGUAUUCCAGAUUUACCAAAGGUUGAAGCCAGACUUGGAGGAAAAUCUGAUAUUCCAGAUUUGGAAAUUGGAGGCAGAAUAUCCGCAUCUCCUAAAUUAGAUGCUGAUGUUGAUCUUAAAGCUUCUGUACCGAAAUUAGAACCAGAGGUUAAACUUCAUGGUGAUAUCCCACGACUUCCAAAAGGUGAUGCCAACUUGGAAGUAGAAGGCAGCGUCCCCACCUUCUCAGCAGACAUUAAAGGAUUAGACAUAAAAACACCAGAAGUUGAGGUCCCUUCCCUUCAUGCAGAGGUGAAAGGUGACUUACCCCACGUCGAAGGUCCAAAAGCCGAGAUCUCAAUUCCAUCUGAUCUCAACAUACCAUCAGGUGAAUUUAAGGGAGACAUAAAGACUCCAGAAUUAUCUGCCUCAGUAGAAGUGCCAAAGACAGUAAAAGCGUCUGGCAAACCCAAAAUAUCACUAGGAUCCUGUUUCGGUAAACCAAAGGAUCCCGUAAGUAAUGGAUACUCAGCCGAGGCUGAUAUCGGAGGAUCAGUGUCGCUAGAUCCACAUGCCAAGGUUGAGGGCGGUGUUACAGGUCCAAGUGUUACUGUGGCUGCACCUGCAAGUAAAGCUAAGGUGGAUAUUGACUCUCCUGAAGUGAACGUUAAAGGUGAAAAGCCUAAAGCUAAACUUGGCUCUUGUUUCGGUAAACCUAAAACCCCUAAAGUUGAAGGUGAAUAUAAACCUGGCAAAGCCUCAGUUGAAGGACCAGAGGUUAGUGGGAGUGCCAGAAUUAGAUCCCCGGAUGGUAAGGCUGAGAUCGACGUUGAUUCUCCUGACCUGAAGUUGAAGACAGGGAAGCCAAAGGCUAAGUUGGGAUCAUGUUUCGGAAAGCCAAAAGGUGCUGAAGUCGGCGGAGAAUACAAACCAGGUAAAGUUGAAAUUGAAGGUCCUGAGAUCGGUGUUGAAUAUCCGGAAAGCAGCCUCUCAGAUGUGCCAAAAUUACCAGAUAUAGAAAUUACAGCCAGAGCUCCUGUUCCUCCAUCUCGCAAAGGGAAAGUCAGAUUAAAAGUAAAUACUCCUGAGGUACACAUCGGAGGUUCUGCUCCAGAAUAUGAUGGCAACAUAGACCUUAAAACUAACGUUCCUGAUGUCAUAGCAGGAACUGGGGUCGAUUAUAAAAUGGAUGAUCUCAACGCAAAACUUGCAGUUGAUCCCGGAUUUUCUGGCAAGUUUGGUCUGGAUGCUGAUGUACCCAAAGUGAGCGGAAGUGUAGGUGUUAAUGGGUAUGGGGGUGAUGUUAAUUUCAAUACGAAUAUUCCAGAAACUAGGUUUGGUGCACAUCUUCCUACCUAUGAAGGAGAUAUGAAUAUUAAACCAGAAGUUCCAGAUGUUAAGCUUGGGGCUAAUUCUGGAUAUGGAGAAAACCUCAAUUUAGACACAAACGCAUCAGGAUUUAACAGACGAUUCAAUGCCCCAGGAUUUGAUGGUGCAGUAGACUUGAAGACUAGUGUUCCAGCAGGUGAUGUUGAUAUAAAUAUUCCUAAUGUAGAUAGAAAAAUAAGAAUCGGAGGAACAGCAGACAUUCCUGGAUCUGGAGGCAAAAUUGGGUUGAAAACUGAUGUCCCAAAUGUCAAAGGCAGUGUUGAUUAUCCUGGAUUUGGAGGCAAAAUGGGAUUGAAAACUGAUAUCCCAGAUGUCAAGGGCAGUGCUGAUAUUCCUAGAUUUGGAGGCAAAAUUGGAUUGAAAACUGACGUUCCAGAAUUAGAGGCACGUGAUGAUAUUCCUGGAUUUGGAGGCAAAAUUGGAUUUAAAACUGAUGUCCCAGAUGUCAAAGGCAAUGUUGAUAUUCCUGGAUUUGAAGGCAAAAUUGGAUUGAAAGCUGAUGUCCCAGAUGUCAAGGGCAGUGUUGAUUAUCCUGGAUUUGGAGGCAAAAUGGGAUUGAAAACUGAUAUCCCAGAUGUCAAGGGCAGUGCUGAUAUUCCUAGAUUUGGAGGCAAAAUUGGAUUGAAAACUGACGUUCCAGAAUUAGAGGCACGUGCUGAUAUUCCUGGAUUUGGAGGCAAAGUUGGAUUUAAAACUGAUGUCCCAGAUGUCAAAGGCAAUGUUGAUAUUCCUGGAUUUGAAGGCAAAAUUGGAUUGAAAGCUGAUGUCCCAGAUGUCAAAGGCAGUGCUGAUAUUCCUGGAUUUGGAGGCAAAAUUGGAUUGACAUCCGAUAUCCCAGAUAUCAAGGGCAGUGUCGAUUAUCCUGGAUUUGGAGGCAAAAUGGGAUUGAAAACUAAUGUCCCAGAUAUCAAGGGCAGUGUUGAUAUUCCUGGAUUUGGAGGCAAAAUUGGAUUGAAAACUGAUGUCCCAGAUGUCAAGGGCAGUGUUGAUUAUCCUGGAUUUGGAGGCAAAAUGGGAUUGAAAACUGAUGUCCCAGAUAUCAAGGGAAGUGCUGAUAUUCCUGGAUUUGGAGGCAAAAUGGGUUUUAAAACUGAUGUCCCAGAUGUCAAGGGCAAUGCAGAUAUUCCUGGAUUUGGAGGCAAAAUUGGAUUGAAAACUAAUGUUCCAGAAUUGGAGGGACGUGCUGAUAUUCCUGGAUUUGGAGGCAAAAUUGGAUUUAAAACUGAUGUCCCAGAUGUCAAAGGCAAUGUUGAUAUUCCUGGAUUUGAAGGCAAAAUUGGAUUGAAAACUGAUGUCCCAGAUGUCAAAGGCAGUGCUGAUAUUCCUGGAUUUGGGGGCAAAAUUGGAUUGACAUCCGAUAUCCCAGAUAUCAAGGGCAGUGCUGAUAUUCCUGGAUUUGGAGGCAAAUUUGAUUUGACAACUGAUGUCCCAGAUGUCAAGGGUAGUGUUGAUAUUCCUGGAUUUGGAGGCAAAAUGGGAUUAAAAACUGAUGUCCCAGAUGUCAAGAGCAGUGUUGAUAUUCCAGGAUUUGGAGGCAAAAUUGGAUUGAAAACUGAUGUCCCAGAUGUCAAAGGCAGUGCUGAUAUUCCUGGAUUUGGAGGCAAAAUUGGAUUGAAAACAGAUGUCACAGAUGUCAAGGGCAGUGCUGAUAUUCCUGGAUUUGGAGGCAAAAUUGGAUUGAAAACAGAUGUCACAGAUGUCAAGGGCAGUGCUGAUAUUCCUGGAUUUGGAGGCAAAUUUGAUUUAAAAACUGAUGUCCCAGAUGUCAAGGGUAGUGUUGAUAUUCCUGGAUUUGGAGGCAAAAUUGGAUUGAAAACUGAUGUCCCAGAUGUCAAGGGCAGUGCUGAUAUUCCUGGAUUUGGAGGCAAAAUUGGAUUGAGAACAGAUGUACCAGAUGUCAGGGGCAGUGCUGAUAUUCCUGGAUUUGGAGGCAAAAUUGGAAUGAAAACAGACAUUCCAGAAAUGGAGAGCAGUGCUGAUAUUCCUGGAUUUGGAGGCAAAAUUGGAUUAAACACUGAUGUCCCAAAUGUCAAAGGCAGUGCUGAUAUUCCUGGAUUUGGAGGCAAAAUUGGAUUGAAAGCUGACGUCCCAGAUGUCAAGGGCAGUUUUGAUAUUCCUGGAUUUGGAGGCAAAAUUGGAAUGAAAACUGACAUUCCAGAAAUGGAGAGCAGUGCUGAUAUUCCUGGAUUUGGAGGCAAAAUUGGACUGAGAACAGAUGUCCCAGAUGUCAAAGGCAGUGUUGAUAUACCUGGAUUUGGAGGCAGAAUUGGAUUGAGAACAAAUGUCCCAGAUGUCAAGGGCAGUGCUGAUAUUCCUGGAUUUGGGGGCAAAAUUGGAAUGAAAACUGACAUUCCAGAAUUGGAAGGAAGUGCUGAUAUUCCUGGAUUUGGGGGCAAAAUUGGAUUGAAAACUGACGUCCCAGAUGUCAAGGGCAGUGCUGAUAUUCCUGGAUUUGGAGGCAAAAUUGGAUUAACAUCUGAUAUUCCAGAUGUCAAGGGCAUUGCUGAUAUUCCUGGAUUUGGAGGCAAAAUUGGAUUGAAAACUGACGUCCCAGAUGUCAAGGGCAGUGCUGAUAUUCCUGGAUUUGGAGGCAAAAUUGGAUUAACAUCUGAUAUUCCAGAUGUCAAAGGCAGUGCUGAUAUUCCUGGAUUUGGAGGCAAAAUUGGAUUAACAUCUGAUAUUCCAGAUGUCAAGGGCAAUGCUGAUAUUCCUGGAUUUGGAGGCAAAAUUGGAUUGAAAACUGACGUCCCAGAUGUCAAGGGCAGUGCUGAUAUUCCUGGAUUUGGUGGCAAAAUUGGAUUGAAAACUGAUGUCCCAGAUUUCAAGGGCAGUGCAGAUAUUCCUGGAUUUGGAGGUAAAAUUGGAUUGAAAACUGAUGUCCCAGAUGUCAAGGGCAGUGCUGAUAUUCCUGGAUUUGGAGGCAAAAUUGGAUUAACAUCUGAUAUUCCAGAUGUCAAGGGCAAUGCUGAUAUUCCUGGAUUUGGAGGCAAAAUUGGAUUGAAAACUGACGUCCCAGAUUUCAAGGGCAGUGCUGAUAUUCCUGGAUUUGGAGGCAAAAUUGGAUUGAAAACUGAUGUCUCAGAUGUCAAGGGCAGUGCUGAUAUUCCUGGAUUUGGGGUGAAAAGUGAUAUUAAAUCUGGCAUUCCAAUCCUGAAGGGCAGAGCAGGUUUUCCUGUGUCUCUCAGUAAAACUGAUGCACCUUGUGUUACAGGGGUGCUGUCUGUGGACACUAAUGUACCUGAUGUUGAUGUAGUGUCGCAGGGUAAAGAAGAACUGGGCACUGAGUAUAAAACAAAAAUUCCAUCUUUAAGUGGCACAACCCGAGUACCUGAGCCCUCUGCUUCCACGUCAUUAGAGGCAAAUAUUCCUGAAAUGAAGCUUGGGACAGUGACAGACUUCAAGCAAGAUCAAAGCUUCGGCUUGCCCGAGGUAAGCACGAAUGCUGGUGGUCGUGGGUCCAGAAAGAAGAGAAGAAAUGGUAAGAAGAAAGGUGCACCAGAAAGGAAGUCUGGCGACUUCGAAGAGGUACCAUCUGAUUCUCAAGGAAUUCUUAGUACUGAAGUACCAGAACUCUCUGCUCAUAUGAAGUUGGACUCCUUUAUACCUGGUGUGCCAGCACAUACACACGAAGGAAACGUAAUCAUUGCAGCUGAUCUACCAGAAGUCACAGUGAAAAGUAAAAUACCGAGAUUCACAAAAGUUUCAAAGGGAGAAGAUGUGCCGGGCGAGGAUUCCACCCGUCCAGGUGACCCGGUAGGUAGCUGGUCGGCCAGUCAGGUUAUUGGAACCGAGAUUAGUGGAAUUCCUGUAUUGAGUGGACGUGUUCCUGAAGCUCGUACAGACGUCACUUGUGUUCCAGAGAGACCACAGGUAGAAGGGGUAUUACAGGGAAACAUUCCAAACAUGACAAUCCAGUCAGGUACACCUCCCAUUGGGUGGGUUCUACCACAACCAACCACGCAAACAACCAUUAACCAGAAGGUUGUAGUUAGAGAAGGACAACCUUACACACAAGAAAUCUUAAUGCCACAUACGCAAGUUGUUAGCGAAUUGUCGCCAGGUCAAGUAGAAUUUUCACAAAGUGUUAUAUCUGAUGGGUCAAGUCCUCUUAAAGUUAGUAGAGAAUACACAAUAUCCACGGAGGGUGAGAGAGCCCAAGAUGUCGAGGCUUACAUUAAGGGUAAAUUAGGACCAUUCAAACUUACACCUGAGAGAACAUUGAGUGUUUGUAGGACAGAAACGAAGAUGGAAGAUCCUGGCCACGCAUUACCUAGCAGGUCUGGGGAGCAGCAGGGCCAGUUGGUGGGGCCAGAUGGCUCAGGCGAGUGGAUCAUGAGUCCGUAUUCUUAUCAAGUCAAAAUGGAAACAGACUCAGAGGGUAGAAUGUUAUCAGCUCCUGAGGUUACCGACAUACAGAGUAGAAUAACCGCCGGAGGAGACUCAGAUUCAAGAGGGAAUAAACAGUCACGAACGGUAUUCGUGACAGAAGAUGCUGGCGGGCGAGUGGUGGUACACAGAAGAAUGGAGUCUUCACAAACACACUCACCAGGGACAGAGGACCACACAGUAUUGACUCAUGAAUUUCCUCCAUCCAUAACAUCAACCAUGACAACAAGUGAAUGGCCGCUUGAGGGCGUUACUACACACAAAACCGUUCGGGUUAGAAAGGUUCGGAAAGUUAAAGUUGGAGAUGGACCAGAGGAAACAAUUGUUGAAACUGAGUACGAGACCAUCCCUGGCCAGGAGUCUGAUGCUCUUAGAAUAGAAGGUUUUGACAGUAGUGGGGAAAUGCGUGUCACACCGGGGACGGGGCAUGAUUUAUCACACCUGCCACCUGAACUUAGAGAAAGUUCUCUACUCCGCUUUGGCCUCGACCAAAGGGAGACACCUGGGGAAACACAACAGGCUGUUCAUACAACUGUAAGAAGACUACCAGUCGAAGAGCUUGGUACACAUUUACCUGAAGGAUUCGAUGAAAAUAUCCAUCAAAUUUUAGGGGCGACGGCGACAACGACAACAGUGCGGAAAGUGAAGGUAGUAAGAAGAGACGCUAGCGGUAAUGUCGUCGAAUACGAAGACGAGAGCGGGGAUCUAAGUUCAUUACUCCCUGAGAUGACCUCCGACGGUGUCACCACGACGACGACGACAACUGGUGACGGAGGAACGACCACAACCACACGAGUCAUAAGACGAGUGAUUACAGGCGACCUGACGGAAAGCGAGCUCAGAGAGGCUCUUGCCGUUAGGGAGUGUGAGGGCGGAGUAGUGGAGGAAGGAGACGAAGCUUCUGCCUCUCACAGAACACAGUUGACCGAUACGACAUACUCAGUUUAUGAAACAUUAGACGGGGCCCUGGUUUCUCUCAAAGAUACUGCCGAGAAGCUGACCAACUUCUUCAAGAUGGGUGUUCAGGAUGGAGCAGGAGUGGUGACUCAGGAGCCCCAGGCCCAAAUGUACAACUCUGCUCCUAUGACCAGCUCCAUCAGCACCGUUACUGACUCUGAUGCCAAGGGAACCAGCAUGACCAAGGUGGGUACAGGAGCAGGGAAUGGCUUUACCCAGCUACAGCCACAAGUCCGAGUGCUCACCCUCAACCAUGGAGACCAUCUUGAUUCGUCACUAUUUCGUUUGCAGAAGGGAUGGGUCUUCCAACUUCGGCCAGGACCAUCACUGCAGGGGAGGAGUGUAAGUGUCUUUACCAACCACCCAGAUGAUUUAGAGGAAGGUUUUUCUCGCACUCGUUAUAGACGCCUGCAGUGGAAGAGUGACUCACGCAAUAAGGGUGAUGAUACAGCUUUGUAUGUAGAAGUUAUUAUUAUGAUGGCUGGAUCAUUCCAUUACUACUUCACCUAUGAAGAUGGUGAAGAUCGUGAGAAGGCUCAAGGUUCAGGCUUUUUCCUUGUGGAUCCAACAUUACUAGUUGGCCUUAGCAAUGAUGUAUUGAAUCAAGAUUGUAUCCAGUGUCAAACAGUAUUGUCAAAAUGCCUGGGACCUAUACCAGAUUGGGAAGAGCGCCUGCAAGUAUCUUUUGAAACUGGCUACAACAUGAUACACUUCACACCAAUUCAGGAACUUGGUGACUCCAAUUCAUCAUACUCCGUCAAGGACCAGCAUAGACUCAAUACUGAGUUCCACACUCCUGACCAUCAAUACUCUUUUGCGGAUGUUGAAACCCUUGUAAGAAAGAUGAAGGAAGAGUGGAAGAUGUUGUCCCUCACUGACAUAGUACUAAACCACACAGCAAAUGAAACCCCGUGGCUUGAAGAACACCCUGAGGCUACUUAUAACUGUACCAAUUCGCCACAUCUCCGUCCUGCAUACCUCCUAGAUCGUGUUCUCCAUCACAUGACUCUUGAAGUGAUCGAAGGGAAAUGGGAACAUCAAGGAAUUCCAGUAGCCAUCAGAGAAGAGAAACAUAUUGAAGCCAUAAAGAAUGCACUCCACAGCCACUUCCUACCUCAAGUAAAGCUUCACGAGUUUUAUACUUUGGACAUAGAGAAGAUUAUUCAAGAUUUCCGUCGCAGGAUCUCUGGACCAGUCCCCACCACUAAGAAAUAUGCAGAUGGGAUUUCAAAGGAAUCAUUGGUGAUCAUCCAGGACCCUCAGUAUGGAAGAAAGACUUGCACAGUUGAUAUGAACCUUGCAGUUAGACUCUACAAUAUGCCCAGUGAGUCGAUUGUGAAGACCCCCCAGGGUAGUGGACCUGAAGCCAAAGAUGAGGAAGAACGUAUAAUGCGUUGUUGUGCAGAACUACGUCAACAUCUUGAGACACUGAAUGACCAGCGCACAAGCGAAAUCCAGGCACACCUCAUCCAGGCUGUUGAGUGUAGUCUGGGCACCAUUCGAUACCAGCGACUACAACCUGAUGGGCCAAUGGUUGCUGAAGUGUCUGAAGAAAAUCCAUUAGUUCCUCCAUACUUCACUCACCAUGGCAAGGACAUGACCCUGGAGGAAGAAGAGGCCUUAAUGUUUGGCCCAAAUGCUUGCUUUUUGAUGGCCCACAAUGGUUGGGUCAUGGGGGAUGAUCCAUUAAAGAAUUUUGCAAGAAAAGAUUCGUAUGUUUACUUGAGGAGAGAACUGGUUGCUUGGGGUGACAGUGUUAAGCUAAGAUAUGGGGAGCAGUCUGAAGAUUGUCCAUAUCUGUGGGACUACAUGAAACGCUACUGUGAAUACACGGCACAGAUUUUCCAUGGUAUUCGUUUGGACAACUGCCACUCUACACCAAUACAUGUUGCUGAGUAUAUGUUAGAUGCAGCAAGAAAAGUUCGACCUGAUUUGUAUGUCAUUGCAGAACUGUUUACUAAUUCUGAUCUGACAGACAAUGUUUUCAUCAAUCGCUUGGGAAUCAAUUCUUUAAUCAGAGAGGCCAUGUCAGCCCCCAACUCACAUGAAGAGGGGCGCCUUGUUUAUCGUUAUGGAGGGGAGCCUGUUGGUGCUUUCCUGCUGCCACCAGUUCGGCCUUUGGUACCUUCCAUUGCUCAUGCGAUGUUCUUGGAUCUGACACAUGACAACCGCAGUCCAGCAGAGGUGCGCACAGCUUGGGAUAUGUUGCCAUCUACUGCUCUAGUCAAUAUGGCCUGCUGUGCUUCAGGAUCUAAUAGGGGUUAUGAUGAACUUGUUCCACAUCAUAUUCACGUGGUUGAUGAGAUGCGUGUGUAUACAGCCUGGAAUGAUAUAAACCCAGGCAGGGGAGAGGUGAACCUAAAGAGUGGUAUCAUUCAGUGCAAAAAGUUAUUGAACAAACUUCAUUUUGAAAUGGGAGCUAAUGGAUAUAAUCAGGUGUUUGUGGAUCAGGUAACCGAGAAUGUUGUGACUGUAACUCGCCAUAACCCAGUGACACACCAGAGUGUUGUACUGGUUGCAUAUACAUCUUUCCUCCCUCCAUCACAAAUAAAGGACUCUUACAUCCGCCCUCUGAAGGUACAGGGUCGUCUAGAAGAAAUUAUCUUUGAGAUGCAAGUCAAAGGAAAAAGGGCAGGUGAUGAAGAAAAAAAUAUUCCUGGGUUCUUCACAAAUGAUUCAGAGUACAUCAAUGGACUAACAGGAUUUGAAGUUGAGGUGAAAGAGCAUCUGUCACCAGGCCAGUCAACUAUGGUUCAAAUGACUUCUGGUGGUGAUGCAGAAACUACAGAAUGUGAAUACACAGAUCAUUUCACACCUGGAUCUGUCAUUGCCUUCAGACUAAGCCUACUUCCUCGUGCUCAGACUGCUGUGAAUAAGAUCAGAGGAUCACUGUCUGAGUUUGGUUACAAGUCCCGAAUCUCUGAGGUCACAACUCACAAUGCUACAUUGAUGGAUAUUGUGAAUAAUCUGACUUUAGCGGACCUCAAUCGUGUGCUGUAUCGUUGCAAUGAGGAAGAAAAGGAUGAAGGCCGUGGUGGUGGGACAUAUGAAAUCCCUAACUUUGGACCACUGAUAUAUUGUGGCCUGCAAGGAAUAAUUUCUGUGCUAAGCGAGAUCCGUGUGCACAAUGAUCUGGGUCACCCACUAUGUGGGAAUUUACGUGAUGGUGACUGGAUGCCAGACUACAUUGUAGUGCGUCUAAAGUUGGAACCCUCAACACAACGGCUAGCUGCAUGGCUCGAGGAGGUGUUUGGAUGGCUGAAGGAAGUUCCACGCUAUCUCAUACCAGCUUACUUUGAUUCAAUAGUGACAAGUAUCUAUCUCACUCUCAUCAACAGAGCUUGGUCAAUCAUGGGAGAGUUUGUAUCCCAGGGUUCAGAUUUUGUAAAAGCCCUGGGUCUUAGUUCAGUACAAUUCUGUGGUAUAGUGAAGUCUGCAUUGCUACCUCCAUUGUCUCCUAAUGUUGCUCCACCUGCACCUUUGUCUGUCUCUGAUGGCUCUGUGGGUGAAAUACAGUUGUCCUCUACUAUCGCUGCUGGGCUCCCACACUUCUCCGUUGGCUAUAUGCGUAACUGGGGUCGUGAUACUUUUAUCGCUCUUCCUGGAAACCUCCUCAUCACGGGCAGAUAUGAUGAAGCCAGGUGGAUCAUCUUGGCAUUCGCUGGCACAAUGCGUCAUGGUCUGAUUCCAAACCUGCUAGAUGGGGGAAAGAAAGCACGAUUCAACUGCCGAGAUGCUGUUUGGUUCUGGCUUCAGGCCAUCCAGAGGUAUGUGAUAAUUGCUCCUAAUGGCCACCAAAUCCUGAAGGACAAGGUGUCACGACUCUUCCCAACUGAUGAUUCUCCACCACAAGAACCAGGCAGACAUGAUCAGCUACUAGAAGAUGUGAUCCAAGAAACUCUGCAGCGCCACUUCCAGGGAGUUCAAUUUCGUGAGAGGAAUGCUGGUUUCGAGAUUGAUCGAGAAAUGAGCAGUGAAGGUUUCAAUAAUGAAAUUGGAGUUAACCUGGAAACUGGAUUUGUGUAUGGUGGCAAUAUCCACAAUUGUGGUACAUGGAUGGAUAAGAUGGGGUCAAGUGAAUUGGCUGGAACAAAGGGUAAACCAGCAACCCCUCGUGAUGGAAGUGCUGUAGAAAUCGUUGGUCUUUGCAAGUCUGCUCUACGUUUCCUGGGUCAGAUGCACCAUGAAAACAAAUUCAGUUACAACAGUGUUGAGAGAAGGGAUGAUACAGGAAAUGUAACUAAGUGGACCUAUGAAUUCUGGGAAAAGAAAAUUCAAGAAAAUUUCGAGAAACAUUUCUGGAUCAAUCAGGAGCCUACGCCAGAAAGAGAACCCAAACCAGAAUUGAUCAAUCAAAGAGGCAUCUACAAGGAUUCAUAUAAUGCUUCUCAGUUCUGGGCAGACUACCAGCUUCGGUGCAAUUUCCCUAUUGCCAUCGCUGUUGCUCCUGAAAUGGUAUCAUCCCAAAAUGCUUGGGUUGCAUUGAAGAAUGCAGAGAACAUCUUACUAGGUCCUUUGGGCAUCAAGACACUCGACCACAAGGAUUGGGCCUAUGAUGGUGUCUAUGACAACUCCAACAACUCAACUGAUCCCAAGAUUGCCCAUGGCUACAACUAUCACCAGGGGCCUGAAUGGCUGUGGCCUGUUGGGUGGCUUUUACGUGCACAGCUAGCAGUGGCCCCUAAAGUUGGGGGCUUUGAAGAGCUAGGACGUUGUAUGGGUCAUGUAAAGUCCCUCAUGGCUCCUCAUCUAACUCAUAUGUUGACUGAUCCAUGGCGCUCACUACCAGAAUUAACAAAUGCUGAAGGUGCCAAAUGCAAUGACUCUAACCCAGCACAAUCAUGGAGUACAGGGUGUUUGCUCGAGGUACUGUGGGAGCUAGACCAAAUAGAACGAGGUCUAAAGCGUUCCAGUAUGACCACCAGCAUGUGAAGAGAUCCGGGCUACGCCACCAUCCAUGCACUAGAUACACCACUCCAGCAACACCCUUUACCCAUACAUGCAUCUUCACAUUUGUGCCAAACAUACCAAGCCAGUGACUCAUGGUUCCAAGUGUCCCCUAACAGCGUACAGUUCCCUCCAGAGAGCAACAGGCAGCACCGGAGAUUAAGUCUUCAGGCAGAACAGCAGGUUGCAGUCCCCGACCCAUCAUAUACAAGCCUGCAACAGAGAGCUCUACAAACAAACAGGAUUGUUAUCACAACUAAGGAAAUGGAUCCUUUAUGUUCAUUUGUCAAAGAAGUGGAUGUAGGCAACACAGUGAUAUGUUAUGUUCCGCGUAAUGUUGUGUUCAGUGAAAAGCCAGACUUUUUUGAUACUGUAAAUGAUGUUGUCCAUGUUAAAUGUACCCAAACUGAUAUAAAUUUUUCUAUGGCUCUUCUGCAUAAGCCACAGCAGCUCCCAGAAAAUUGUCUCGUUGUUUGGACAAUUGAUGAUCGAAUCAGACGACAUGCGAUGUGGAGUAGCCCGGAGUAUGUGAACUUAAGACAUGAAAAGCCCCAGACGAGUGUAAAAGCCCCCUGGUUCCGAGGGAGAGGUGUGACAAAAGGGCACUUACUACAUCCUUCUUCAAGAGGACCUGUUAUGACAGGGCCUGUCUAUCAUAGUAGUAGGUCAGGUUCAAAGAAGUAUCAGGGAAGAGUACCCUCCAUAGUGGCCUUAUUAACAAGUCAUGCUAAGAGUCACCACAAAACUCAGAAAAAUGUAAUGCAACCAGAUGUCCAGUUACCAGUGCCAAAGGUUUUUCAUGAUAGUCAUUCUAUGACAGAGAAAGGAUACUGGCAGCAGAGAAGGUUUGCACCGGUUUCUCAAGAGAUACACAUAGCCAUAACUAAGGAGAGCAAGCAGUGGCAAGAAGAUUCAGACACAUCCAAGAGAACCCAACCAGAGGAAGAAUGCUUAAUUAACCCAGCUGCAAAGAAAAUGGAGAUUAUCAGUAAGGAAAAGAGAUAUGGUUUUAGUUAUCAUCUAGAUCCACCCACCACUACAGGACAGUUACAUCGUCCCUCAAUUCUCAAUCUGCCACCACCACCACAGAUGCCCUUACCACCAGUUCCAGAAGCUCAUGAUCCUGCAGUGCCUGGCCCAUCUUCUAGAAGUGAUCUUUUCUCACUACCAGGGAAGCCAGCUGUGCCAUGGAAAGAAUUGCCACCUCUUAAUACAUCAAAAGAUAGUGACAUAUGCAAACCCGUGGCUUAUAAGGCACAAAGAAUUUCAGAGUCUGUUACUUUUGUAAAUCCCUAUACUCAGCAAGCAGACUAUGAACCAUCAUUGAAGGAGGUGAAAGCAGAAACCCCAGUAACCCCACACUCGGAAAGGGAGAGAAGAGAGUCAACAAGUCUCUUUUUACCAGAAGAAGUCGUCAAGCCUCAUCAUGUAAACAAACAAAAACUUUCUGCUGUGUUAGUUUUGUCUUUGUUUGUUGUUGCCCUUAUAAUGUUCUAUCUCUUUUAUUUUCUGUAGAGUACAUUUCUUUGUUAUACUGUACUUGUUUCCAUUUGUAUAGCUUUCCAUUAAUACACUACACUAGAUGAGACAUACUCUAUUCUGUUCUGGUGGAGCUUUUGUAGGCUUAGUCUUGUAGCUUACAUGACGUCCUGAAUGUCUUGUUUCAAUGGAAGAAAGCAAAUUUCAAAUAAGUGACGAAUUAUCAGUUAUCUGAUCAAUAGUUUUAAAAAAUUUUGCUCAUGCCUUUGAAACUCUUGUAAUUCAAAUUGUACAUCUGAUUAAGUAGUGGAACAUUAGUCUAUAUAGUAUAAUAUUAUCCAUGACGUGCUCAUGCUGGUCUAGUUAUUGCAUGUUGUAUUGUACUCAAUACUAAUACUGAUGAUAUCUUACCCCUGUGUGUUGCCUAUUAUAGAUUCUAAAUACUGUUAAAUGAUAUAUACAGAGUGUUGCUUUAUGCAUAAGGAUGGUGUUGUUUUAAUAUUUAUAGGUCAUAUGCAUAGUUUGUUUAUAUAUUUUCUUGAUGCUUGAAUCAAUAAAAUUAUUGCUGGAA